CAUUCACUUCAUAUUUCACUUAUUAAUUCCCAAUCUCACAAAUUUUCUUAUCUUUCAUUUGAUUCUUUGCUCUGCAAUUUGUAGAGAUAUGGGCAAAGAUAUGGGCAAUCAAGCUCCUACUGAUCAGGGCUUUGCCCCUAAACAACAAGAGGAUGAACAACUAGCUAGACAAAAGGCAAUUGAUGAAUGGCUUCCAAUUACUUCUUCAAGGAAUGCAAAAUGGUGGUACUCAGCUUUUCACAAUGUCACUGCCAUGGUUGGAGCUGGUGUACUCAGCCUUCCUUAUGCCAUGUCAAAUCUUGGAUGGGGUCCUGGCGUUGUUGUGCUAGUCCUAUCAUGGAUUAUUACACUAUACACUUUAUGGCAAAUGGUGGAGAUGCAUGAAAUGGUUCCAGGAAGAAGAUUUGACAGAUAUCAUGAACUUGGUCAAUAUGCGUUCGGAGAAAAGCUCGGUCUAUACAUUGUGGUGCCUCAACAACUUAUUGUGGAAGUUGGAGUGUGCAUUGUGUAUAUGGUUACUGGAGGCAAAUCACUAAAGAAGUUCCAUGAUCUUGUAUGCGAGAGUUGCAAGCCCAUUAAGCAAACCUACUUCAUUAUGAUUUUUGCCUCAGUUCACUUUGUACUCUCCCACCUUCCCAACUUCAACUCCAUCGCUGGUGUCUCUCUUGCAGCUGCAGUCAUGUCCUUGAGUUACUCUACUAUUGCUUGGACGGCUUCUGUACAUAAGGGCGUUCAGCCUGAUGUGCAAUAUGGCUAUAAAGCUACAACCACUGCAGGAACAAUCUUCAACUUCUUCAGUGCCUUAGGUGAUGUGGCUUUUGCUUAUGCUGGGCACAAUGUGGUAUUGGAGAUUCAGGCAACAAUCCCAUCCACACCUGAGAAGCCUUCAAAAGUUCCUAUGUGGAGAGGAGUCAUUGUUGCAUAUAUAGUUGUGGCCUUGUGCUACUUCCCAGUUGCUCUAAUUGGAUACUGGAUGUACGGCAACUCAGUCGAAGACAACAUUCUCAUCUCAUUGAAUAAGCCUGUAUGGCUUAUUGCGAUGGCUAACCUGUUUGUUGUUGUUCAUGUUAUUGGAAGCUACCAGAUUUAUGCAAUGCCAGUGUUUGACAUGAUGGAAACUGUAUUGGUAAAGAAACUGAAUUUCAAGCCCAGUACGAUGCUUCGGUUUGUUAUUCGCAACCUUUAUGUUGCAUUCACCAUGUUCGUUGGCAUCACCUUCCCUUUCUUUGGUGGUCUUCUUGGAUUUUUUGGUGGAUUUGCUUUCGCUCCAACAACAUAUUUCCUCCCCUGCGUAAUGUGGUUGGCUAUCUAUAAACCGAGAAAGUUCAGCUUGUCUUGGUGGACUAACUGGCUCUGCAUCGUAUUUGGAGUUUUGCUAAUGGUUUUAUCACCCAUUGGAGGAUUGAGGCUUAUAAUACUUCAAGCCAAGACCUAUGAGUUCUACUCUUAAGCUUCCACACCAAUUUGUAUGGAGUAGUUGCUACUGAAGGCGAAUCCUCGACGAAAGAAAGCUAAAUGAUGAUGCUGAUAGACAAAGCUUACACUGUGUUGCAAAUUAUCAGUAGGCUAUGCAUUACAUUGCCUUUUUCUUCAGGGAAGAGGAACUAUGGCCAUAGAUUAUCAAAACAAAGUUUCCUACAGGCCUCUACAGUGUUUUUGUUUUCUUUUUUUUUUUUUUUUUU